AUGUUUGGAAUCAGUAAGCUAGUGACGAUUUGGCAUGCCGUAUGGGCAUAUCUUUUGCUUCCCAAUAUGGGAAUUUCUCAGACUGAAGUUGAUACAGAUGCGAUUUAUGGAAUGCAAAGUAGAAUACGAACAUUAUUGCCCGUCAUGACAGAGCAAAGUGAUUACUUUUCAAACUACAAACUAAACCUGUAUCGGGCUGAAUGUCCUCUAUGGGAUAAUGACAAUGCUAUGUGCAGUAGUCAAGGAUGUGCGGUGGACACGCUGGAAGAGAAUGAGGUCUCUGAUGUCUGGAAGCGUUUUAGUGACGUUGAUCCGUCCUCGAAAAAAAAUGAAACGAAAUGCAAUUGGGAGCAUAAUUCUCAGUUAGAUUACUGCUACCUAGAUGAGGUAUCUUCUGAGCAGGAUUGUGUUUUCGUUUCGCUUGUUAAUAAUCCAGAAAGGUUUACUGGCUAUUCGGGAGAUCAUACAGCUGCUAUCUGGCGCAAUAUUUAUGAACAAAAUUGCUUCGUGGUAGAUGAUGAUGAAAGUUUAAAGGAGAAGUCAAGAAGAGAAUCUUUUUAUAAGCCAGGCAUGUAUCCAUUUCAGCUGUCUCCUAAAGAAGACGAUAUCCUCACCAUUUCACCAUCCGUUGCUAGUCAGGAGAAGCGUAUGCUAAACAAGAUCAUUUCUGGGUUUCACGCUAGUAUCUCUUCUCAUAUUUGUGAAAACUAUUAUGACACCAAUCGAAAUCGCUGGACCCGGAACUUGGAAUGUUGGUUGGCCAAAGUUGGAAAUUAUCCAGAGCGUAUUGAAAAUAUAUUCUUUAACUAUGCUCUUUUGCACCAGGCAUUUGUACGCAUUGCCGAUCAGCUGGUAGAAAUGGAAAACAAUAGCACAUCCUCCUUUUGUCCAGACAAUCUAGCGAUUGAUGCACGAACGAAGUUGGCAUUUGAUAAUCUCGCUUUUAUAGCCCAGCAGGAUAGAAAGGUAAUCAUGAGCUCCAAAUUCUUUGCCGAUGAAGAAUCUCAAAAGUUCAAAGAAACUUUCCGCAAACAUUUCCACGACGUUUCUCGCAUUAUGGACUGUGUCGGUUGUGACAAGUGUAGACUGUGGGGAAAGCUACAGAUCACUGGAUAUGGUACUGCGUUGAAACUUCUUUUUGAGCCUGAGACGCAGCUUAAUGACCUACGUCCAUCGGAAAUAGUGGCCUUGGUCAAUACUUUUGAUCGAAUCGCUCACUCUGUACAGUCAUCUUUUUGGUUUCAAUUAAGGAGGAGAGCUGACCUUUCUGUUAAAUUCAUCCAAUUUGUUAUUGCUCUUUCUUUUAAAGCACCUACUCGUGAAAUUCUUUCCUUUUUCGCUGAACAACUUUGGUACAUCUUUUAUGCCAUCCUUUAUAUAUGCAAUGUACCAAGGUUAAUCUAA